AUGGGGGGGAAGUUGUGGGGGAGGAAAGGGGGGGGUUGGUAUGAGGAAGAGUGUAAGGUGGGGAAGGGGUGGUUGUGGGGUUAUGUGGUUGUUUUUGGGGGGGAUAGGUUUUGGGUGAAUAAUUUGGGUGUGGGGUGGGAAGGAGGUUUGGGGGGGAGGGGGGGGGGGGGAUGUUUAUUGAUGGGGAAGAGGGGUUUAGUGGGGGGGUAUUGGGGUGGGGGUGGAGUGUUUGUGAGGGGUGUUUGGUUGGGGGAAGUGGAUGGGGGUAGGGGGGGGUUUGUUGGUGUGUGGGGGGGUAAUGGGGGUGUUAGUAAGGUUUGGGUGGGGGUUGAAGAAGGGAAAUAUGUAGAUGGUGUGGAGAUUAGAUGGAAUUUUUUUUUUUGGGGUGGGGUUGAUAUGGGUAGAGGGUGGAGUUAUAUAGUUUUGGUGAUGGGUGAGUAUGUGGGAGGAUGGGGUGGAGUUUGGGGUUGGGGGGGGAUUAUUAGAAUAAGAGGGGUUGUUUGGGGGGGGGAGAUAUUUUUGGAGGAGGGAGUAAAAGAAGAUUUAAUUGGAGGAGAUAAGAAUUUGGGGGGGGGGGUGUGGGGGGGGGGUUUGUUGAUUGGGGGGGGUGGGUUUAGUUUUAUGGAGAGGUUAUGUGGUGGUGGGGGGUUGUGGGGGGGGGAAGAGAUGUGUGAGUAUGAAGUUUUUAGUUGGAAAGUUAGGGGUAUUGGGGAUGGGGAGGGAGUUGGUGGGGUGGUGGGGUUAGGAUUAGAAUAG